UGGGUGAAGCUCGCAAAACGAGUUUUAUGCGUGUCGAUUACAUGAUUACAGCUGAGAAUGAACGUCGAUGAACACCGGUAAACACCGUGCUUAGAACAUAUGUAUGUAAUCGAGUGAUAACUAAACUCGGCUGUAGAGUGGACUUGCACUUAUUUGCCUAUCAAUAUGGCUGAAUAUGGGGCUGACGAUCGAUACGACGUCUCCUUCCGUCUUUAACCUCAAUCUGCUGCAACCAGGAUCAACCAGGCUUUGCCUUUGUGUACAUAUAUCCAUACCUUGUAUAAUAUAAUUUUUCGCAACAGUAUUCUAUAUAUCCUCAACAAUGUCUUUAGCAGUUCGACACUGUUUAUUAAUUCAAAGAAAGUUCUGUUUCCAUAACUUUGCUUCGCAAAGACAGACGAUCGCAUCUUUUCCAGGCAACAUUGGAAAUUUUCAGAAAUUUACUCGGACCCUGCAAAUCAAAUAUUUUCAUGCAGGGGAUAAUGGAGAAACGAAUGUAUCGCUUAUAUAUACCGGAAAGUUGAAAAAACGUAUUCGAGAUAUCAAAGCAUUUGCUUUAUUAACUUCGUGUGCAUGUUUAGCAAUUCAGCCAAUUAUUUAUAUGAGAUGUAUGGAAAUGGAGAAAUCACUAUUCACGAUGAGUGCAGCAUUCAUUAUGCUCCUGUAUACUACAUGUUCUCCAGGGAUUAUACACUAUUUAUUAGGAAGAAAAUAUGUAAUCGAACUAUAUUACAAUCCUGAGAAGAACGAAUACAUUGCAGUGACAUAUUCCCUUUUCAACCGGCGAAUUCGGACCGUAUUUACAGAAGACGAAGUGGUCGUACCCGAUGUACUUGGGCCAUUUACAACGUGUUAUGUAAGAGGAAAACCAUUGUUCUUAAACGAAGAGCAAUUUCUACAUGUAGAAUAUUUCCAUAAAAUCAUGGGACACUACAAACCGAUAGAUUUUCAUUUAAGCCGUAACGUAGAGAAGGAGAAAAGCAUGAAGGAAUAAGAACAAUUUUAAGUUUGAAACAAUUUUAUUUAUUACACAACCUCCGAAUUUAAAACUUUAAUACAUUACUUGUAGUCUACUAUAAGUUCCUAGGUAUAAAAUAUGUACAAUACAUUGUUAUGUUGGCAUUGUGUACUGAAAAAAAUAUAUAGUACAAAAUGAUCGCAA